UCCUCCUCCUCCUCUUCGUUCCCAUGAACCCACGAUAGAGAAGCGAUCGCGAGCGAAGAGAGAGAACGGUAUGAAAACGACGGCCAUUACCAGAUUCUUUCUUCUUUCUCUCUUCAUCUUCCUCUCUCUCUUCCUCCUCACUUACUUCCGAUACCACCGCCGUCCCACACAACCGCAACGCCGUCAGGAUUAUCUCCGAUCCACUCAAGAUCUCAGGAUCCGACCCGGUUAUUCCUCCUAUGACGCCUACAUCCGUCGCCAGCUCGACAAGACGCUCAACCCAAAGCUCCGGCAAAUCUGGACCACGCGAGAUUGGGACCGAAAAAUAUCCGUUUUCUCUCAGUAUUUCCAGAAACUUCAGGCCGAGAACCUCCUAAGAAACUCGUCCAAGUCUCUGUGUAUCGGAGCUCGGGUCGGGCAGGAGGUGGAAGCUUUGCGACGGAUAGGGGUGUCGGAGUCGGUGGGGAUAGACUUGGUGCCGUAUCCGCCAUUGGUGUUGAAGGGAGAUUUUCAUGAGCAGCCAUUCGAGAAUGAGACGUUCGACUUCGAGUUCUCGAACGUGUUCGAUCACGCGCUGUAUCCGGAGAGAUUUGUGGGGGAGAUAGAGAGGACGUUGAAGAGAGGUGGGGUGUGUGUGCUGCACGUGACGCUCAGCCGGCGGCCGGAUAAGUACUCGGCCAACGAUCUUUACAGCGUGACUCCAUUGAAGGAAUUGUUCAGAGGGUCGGAGCUGGUUCACGUACGUAAGGUCGACGCUUUCGGUUUAGACACAGAGGUCGUCUUUCGAAAGAAAUGAUGACUUUUUUAAAAAAAAAAAAAUUCUGGGUGAAUUUAUAGUUUGUACUUUGUAGAUGUUUAAAUGAAGCUUUGGAAUGAUUCAGUUGUAUUUAAAGUUUAGAAAUUUCAUGUAGCUUUUGCUUC